AUGAAUGCUGCCUCUUUGGAAAAUAUCGAGGAACAUGGACAACAUGAGCAAUAUCAAUCAACUCAGGAAGCACGUAAAUCUAAUGCAUAUUCAGAGGUACCGACUUCUAGCAGGAAUAAAAAAUCUAAACAUGAUCAUCUUGAAGGCAUGACUGAUAUGUUGAGAGGUGAGAUGAAUAAUUUGGCUAAUGCAAUUGAUCGUCUUUCAACUAUGCCACCUAUUCCUGAGAGUGAGAUAUGGCAAAUGGUACAAGUGUUGGAUUUAGAGCCUAAUUUAAUUUUGCAUCGAAGAAGCAGAAUGUUAUCGUCCAAAUUGUCAAAUUAUCUAACAUUGUUCCUAAUUCUUUUUUGUGUAUCAUUAACACCAGCUCUUGCAGUCAAGAAUUCGUACAUAGUGUACUUGGGGGAGCACUCUCAUGGUCCAGGAGUAACAUCUGCUGAUCUUCAUAGUGUGGUAGAUUCUCAUCAUGAGUUUCUUGGUUCGUUUUUGGGAAGUAAAGAGAAGGCUAAGGAUGCCAUCUUCUACUCAUAUAAAAGACACAUAAAUGGUUUUGCUGCUGUCCUUGAAGAUGAUCAAGUGGAGGAGAUUCAACGGCAUCCGAGUGUGAUCUCUAUUUUCUUGAAUAAAGCUAGAAAACUACACACAACUCAUUCAUGGGAAUUCAUGAUGCUGGAAAAGAACGGCGUCGUUCAUCCAAGUUCGUUGUGGAAGAAGGCUCGAUUUGGCCAAGACAUUAUCAUCGCGAAUCUUGAUACAGGUGUUUGGCCUGAAUCAGAGAGCUUUAGUGAUGAAGGGUUUGGACCAAUUCCUUCAAGAUGGAAAGGGAUUUGUCAAAAUGACAACACCACUGCUGGUUUUUCUUGCAAUAAAAAGCUUAUUGGAGCGAGGUACUUCAAUAAAGGCUACAUCGCGAGCGGAGGAAAUGUAAGUGCAUCAAUGAGCACAGUACGCGACUAUGAUGGUCAUGGCUCUCAUACUUUAUCAACUGCUGCUGGAAACAUAGUCCACGGAGCGAGUGUACUUGGCGUGGCGAAUGGGACAGCAAAGGGAGGUUCUCCUCAUGCCCGAGUGGCUGCAUACAAAGUUUGUUGGCCUCCUGUGGAUGGUGCAGGAUGUAUGGAUGCCGACAUUCUCAAAGCCUUCGAUACAGCCAUACACGACGGGGUUGAUGUGAUAUCUGUGUCGCUUGGUGGAACGCCUUCUGAUUACUUGGAGGACGGGCUCGCCAUUGGUUCGUUCCACGCUGUCAAGAAUGGUAUAGUUGUGGUUGCAUCAGCUGGUAAUGAUGGACCUGAUUCUGGAACUGUUACAAAUGUUGCUCCCUGGAUUAUAACAGUAGCAGCAAGCACCCUGGAUCGCAAUAUACAAAACAGUGUUCAAUUGCAGAAUGGAUUGCUCUUAAAGGGAACAAGCCUUUCGAAACCAACCACGCCCGAAGAAAAUUUCUAUCCACUAAUCAGUGCUGCACAAGCUAAAGCUGCCAAUGCCUCGACCAAUGAUGCGAUAAGGUGUAAGAAAGGAACAUUGGAUCCAAAGAAAGUGAAAGGCAAGAUAUUAGCCUGCCUCAGAGGAGAAACCGCGUUAAUUGAUAAAGGACAUCAGGCAGCUCUAGCUGGUGCUGUUGGAAUGAUCCUUUGUAACAAUAAGACUACUGGAAGCGAAAUUUUCGCCAUCCCUCACGUCCUUCCAGCGAUACAUGUCAAUUAUACAGAUGGCGUUCAAGUCUUUGAAUACAUCGCUUCUUCUAAAGAUCCUCGUGCGUAUAUCACAACUCCUGAGACAGUGUUGCGCACAAAGCCGGCUCCAUUCAUGGCUUCAUUCUCUUCUACUGGUCCUAAUUCUGUAACUCCUCAGAUUCUCAAGCCUGAUGUUACUGCACCAGGAGUGGAUAUCAUAGCUGCGUACAGUGAAGCAGCAAAUCCUACAGAGGAAGACUACGAUAAACGUAAGACUAGCUUCAACAUGAUUUCUGGAACCUCAAUGUCUUGCCCCCAUGUCGCUGGUGUAGUUGGCCUUCUCAAGAGCCUCCAUCCUGAUUGGAGUCCCGCCGCCAUUAGAUCCGCUAUUAUGAGUACAGCCAGAACAAGAGACAACACUGGUAAUCCAAUGCGUGAUGAAACGGAGAAAGACAAAGCAACACAAUUUAAUUAUGGUGCUGGACACAUGCGCCCGAAUCGCGCCAUGAAUCCUGGCUUGGUCUAUGACUUGACUGUGAAUGACUACUUGGACUUUCUCUGUUCACUUGGUUACAACCAAAAGAACAUUACAAAAUUUUCAGGAACAAGAUCAACUUAUCAGUGUCACAAGAAACAUGGUCUUAAUCUCUUGGAUUUCAACAAUCCUGCAAUAACAAUUCCUAAUAUCUCUCCCUCAGCUCCUGUCACCAUCACUCGCACACUCAAAAACGUUGGUAGCCCUGGCGUAUACGCUGCCAACGUUCGUCUGCCACGACGAAUGUUUUCAGUUUCUGUAGAGCCGAGCGUCUUGAUGUUCGAUCACAUUGGACAAGAGAAGAGCUUCAAGUUGACAAUUGAAGUUAAGGAUGCUAAGGCAGUAAAAGAUGGGUAUGUGCCCGGGGAGUUGCUAUGGACUGAUCGCCUUCAUUAUGUGAGAAGUCCAAUUGCAGUGGCUUCUUUGAGUGACAUUAAGAAGCCUUAGAAAUUAGCUAAAAUGUGAAUAAUUUUUUCUGCUUUUCCUAAAAUCAUUUCUAGUGGAUUAUUGAUCUCUAUUUAAUUGUUUGUCAGUUUUAAAGUUCACAUAAAUAUGAGUAUUAAUUCCCUGCAGAUUUAUCUUCUAAAGUUGACAUUCUCAAGAAAAUAUUAGACGGAGUGAAUCUUUCAUUUUACUGAGUAUGAGACAUUUCCAAUAUAAAUAUUCCAAAAAAAAAAAGGUGUUGUAUUAGCAAAAAGAUUCUCUUUUUAACAAAUCUUUAAUGCUUCAUUGAUAUUCAGGCAAUAUCAAUGACGCUACAGUGAAAUGUUGCCUUGAAGAACAUGUGGUAU